GCCAAUGAUUUACUUCCCUUGGCACUGUUGAAUUGAAGAUUAGGUGGUCAUUUAUCAGAAAGUGCAGUAGGAAAACACUUGUCGUUGCUUCUAAGGCCACAGGUAUUGGCCAACUACAAGUUUCUGGCUAGAAGGGAGCAGACCAGGAGAGAGGGGUGGACAUGCUGACGAAGCUCCAGUUCUCCCUGUCGGUCACCCUGCUGUUUGCUUGUGGCUUCCUCUACCAGUUCACCCUGAAACCCAGCUGCCUCAUCUGCUACCUACCUUCCUACAAGUCCCAUCAGGGCCUGGAAGCCCUCCUGGGCCGUGGGCGCAGCAUCGUGUUCCUAGAAACCUCGGAGAGAAUGGAGCCAACUCUGCUGGUCUCCUGUGCUGUGGAGUCAGCUGCAAAGGUUUACCCUGAGCAGCCUGUGCUGUUUCUUAUGAAAGGGCUCAAUAAUUCCAUGCAGCUGCCCCCAAAUUCCACUUCCCCAGCCCUUUCCCUCCUCUCAGCAAUUGACAACGUUUUCCUCUUCCCUUUGGAUAUGAAAAGCCUGUUUGAAGACACACCGUUGUUUUCGUGGUACACUCAAAUCAACAGCAGUACCGAGAGAUUCUGGCUCCAUAUCAGCUCAGAUGCAUCCCGCUUGGCCUUCAUCUGGAAGUACGGCGGUGUCUACAUGGAUACAGAUGUCAUCUCCAUCAGACCCAUCCCUGAGGACAACUUUCUGGCUGCACAGAAAUCUCGGUUCUCAAGUAAUGGGGUGUUUGGAUUCCUUCCCCACCACCCUUUCCUGUGGCAGUGCAUGGAAAACUUUGUGGAAAAUUACAAUCCAAAUAUUUGGGGCCACCAGGGUCCCGAAUUGAUGACGAGGCUUUUGAGAGUAUGGUGCAAACUCAGAGACUUCCAGGAGGUGAGUGACCUCAAGUGUUUAAACUUUUCCUUCCUACACCCCCAAAGAUUUUACCCCAUCUCUUUUCUAGCCUGGCGGCGCUACUAUGAAGUCUGGGAUACGGAACCAAGCUUCAACAAUUCCUAUGCCCUGCAUCUGUGGAACCACAUGAACCAGGAAGGGAAGGCUGUGGUCAGAGGAAGCAAUACACUGGUGGAACAUCUCUACCGUAAGCACUGUCCCAAGACUUACAGGGACCUGCUUCAAGGUCCAGAGGGGUCAGUGACUAGGGAGCAGAGUCCAGGUAACAAAUAAGCCAAUGCUGGGUUGUUGGUGCAACACUGCGGAUUUAGCCACUUCCUAGAGUGCCAGGCUUUCACCUGAUCUCCACUUCCCUGGAGUGCAGAGGCUCAUCCACAUAUCACUUACAGUCACAAUUUUCCAUGUUGUUUCACCAAGAAACCAUUAGAACUAAAAAAUGAAUUCAGUAAGGCGACAAAAUCAAUACACAAAAAUCAGCUACAUUUCUAACCACUAAUAAUGAACCAUCAGAAAGAAAAAGAAAACAAUUCUAUUUACAUUUGCAUCAAAAAGAACAAAACACCUAGGAAUAAAUUUAACCAAGGAUGUGAAAGGCCUGCACAUUGAAAACUUUAGGACACUGAUGAAGAAACUGAAGAAAGAUACAAUGAAACAGAAAGAUAUCAUAUGCUCAUGACGGAUGAAUAUUGUUAAAAUGUUCAUUCUACCCAAAGCAAUGUGCACACUGAAAGCAAUUUAUACCAAAAUUCCUGUGGCGUUUUUUUCAGAAAUAGAGCAAAGAAUCCUGAUAUUUAUGUGGAGCAACAAAGGACCAGGAAUAGCCAAAGCUGUCCUCAAAAAGGAGAACAGGUUGGAGGUAUCUUGCUCCUUGACUUCAAACUGUAUUUCGAAGCUGCAGUAACCAGAACAAUUGUGAGGUCAAAGACAGACCCACAGGCCAGAGGACCAGAAGAGAGAGCCCAGAAAUAAACCUACAUGGAUGUGGUCAGUUUAUUUAUAGCCAAAGGGUCAAGAACAUACAGCCGGGCAAGUGCAAUCCCCUCAGUAAACAAUGCAAGGAAAACUGGACUCCAUACUAAAGAAUGACACUGGACACAGUAUACAUUGCACAUACCACGGGCUAGAAACCUACACUUUUCCAUGUCAAGACCUUCCUUUCCUGGGUCCUCUGAAGAUGGACUCCCCCCAACCACCACCAACCUUCAACUCCUGGCAGUCAGCUGCACACAAGAAGUUUCUCCCCUCCUUCCCUCACUUCACUUUUCCCUCACCGUUUUCUCCCCAUGGGACCUCCUGGGGCGUGUCCUGAGAAAACUGUUCCUAUCUGCAUGGACACAGUGUCAUGUUGUCCUCAAGUUGAAACCUCAGCAGGUCCUCAGAAGACCGAGCACUGACAGCGCUGACCUGUGGUAUGCGGAAGUGGAACCUGUAUGGUGCUGAAGGAGGCUGAGCUCUGCAACAGAGCGAGAUGAAACCUCUCGCGAGUCCCCGCUUACUGCUCCCCGCAGGCAGUGGCAGAAUUGCAGGCCCCGCUUGUCAGUUGGGAUGGGUGGACUGUGUCUACAAUAGAAAUCCCGAAGACCAUUGGUAUUAAAAUAUAGAAGUUUCUCUCUCAUGUAAAAGUAGUCUGAAGGUAGGCAGAUCAGGGUGGGUAUGGUCACUGCAGUGAAAAGGGACCCUGGCUUCUUGGAUCUUUCUGCUUACCAUCCUUAGCAUCCACAGCCCAUGGUUCAUACUGCAGCUUGGUCUCCAGCCCAUCAUUUCUGCGUUUCAGGCAGCAGGAUGAAGGAAAGAGGAAAGGUGCACUUUCCUUGUUUUAUAAACGCUUCCUGCAACUUACCAUAUAACAUUUAACCUUACAUUUCAGUGACCAGCGUGUAGCUGCAAGAGAGGCUGGGACAUUUAAGGAGGAAGAAAAAGUGGGUGUUAUAUAGGUGGCUGACAGUUUUACUACAUGUUAAAUUUACUUGGUCUCCAGCCCAUCAUUUCUGCGUUUCAGGCAGCAGGAUGAAGGAAAGAGGAAAGGUGCACUUUCCUUGUUUUAUAAACGCUUCCUGCAACUUACCAUAUAACAUUUAACCUUACAUUUCAGUGACCAGCGUGUAGCUGCAAGAGAGGCUGGGACAUUUAAGGAGGAAGAAAAAGUGGGUGUUAUGAUAGGUGGCUGACAGUUUUACUACAUGUUAAAUUUACUUCUGUAAGAUUAAUUAUAGAGUCCGAUAGAGCAUUAAAUUUACUUCUGUAAAAUUAAUUACAUAAUCUGAUAGAGCAGGGGUCCCCAAACUCUGGGCUGUGGAUAGGUAUCUCCUGUCAAAUCAUUGGUGGAAUUAGAUUGAAGUACACUUGAAUCUUCUGAAACCAUCCCCCUCCCCCCAACCCCUGGUUCGAGGAAGAAUUGUCUUCCACGAAAUCUGUCCUUGGUGACAUAUAGGUUGAGGACAGCUGUGUUAGAGAAUUGGCUGGGGGAAAAAAGAGGCUUGAUUUCUACCCUUUAAUAUGAUACUCAUUAAAGCAUUCAGUCAGUAAUAUUAAUUCUGUCUCUCUGUGUGCCAAGCACUGAUGUAGAUGCUGAAGAUUCAGCUGGAUGAAGCAGACAAGGUCCUAAGUCAGCUUGGACUGCAAUAACAAAGUACUAUAGAUGGAAUGGUUAAACAACACAAAUGUAUUUGUCACAGUUCUGGAGGCUGGGAAGCCCAAGAUCAGGGUGCCAGCGUGGCUGAGCUCUAUUAAAGAUCCUCUUCCAAGUGGCAGAUAGCACAUUUCUUGUUGAAGCCUCAGAUGGUGGAAAGAGGCAAGAGAGAUCUCCAGGGUCCCUUUUAUACGGGAACUAAUCCCAUCCAUGAGUGUUCUGCCCUCAUGACCCAAUUACCUCCCAAAGGUCCCACUUCCUAAUAUGAUCACUUUGAGGUAGUAGGAUUUCAACAUAUGAAUUUUGGGGGGAUCACAUUCAGUCAAUUGGAGGUCCCCAGUACUUAAAUCUAAUGACUGGCCAUAUCCCCCCUGGGAUAGUCUCCUCUGCUCCUUAGGGUGCCUGCUAUUCCCUUUUCUACCCCAGUUGUCUUAAAAAAGCAAAUCACUCACUCAAAUUUUAAAAACAGCUGCCCCUUCUACAGUCACAUAAAAAUUUACUUCCUCUUCCUAGGAGGUAUGAGAAUUAAUAUUUCUUCCAUAGUCAUCAGUCAAGAUUUUCUAGAAAAUUUUUUUGAUAGUUUGCUUUUAAGGAAAGCAUAAAUUUAUGUUUUUAUCCAGAUAUAAAGUGAUGAUGCUUUUCAAACUACAUCCACCCAUCCCCUUUCAUUCUGAUAUUUUCCCCUUUGAGAAUCACUGCUCUGACUGACUGUCUUACUGAAAAAGAAUCGCAAGUCAUGUCUCCUGCCCUAGGUUUGUUUAUUCCCAGCUAAUUGCUCUGGAUUCUUAGGUCCAGUCUGACGCUAGAGUGAGACUUUGCGACCUGCUGCUGCUCACCGUGGCGGCCCUCUGACCAGUGUCCCCAGAGUCCCUGCUGGGUUUCAGCUCACCUGCGUGUCUCCACAGGCGUGUCUCCUAGCACUAGCAGUUUGAGGGUGGAGCAGGGUCACACAUUGAACCUAAUUUCCACAUCUGGAGAAUGCAUGGCAAAUGCAUAACUAACGUUCCCAAUCACUAGGGUUUUGAAAAGUUUGAUUAGAAAUAUUUUCAAUAUUUCAAAAAUAUAUGAACUGUUUUAUAUGAUGGGAUCAAAUAGGUCAAGCUGAAUGUCACAUUUCUUUAUGCUGGGCUGUGAUUAUAUGAAUUCACUGUAGCAAUAUUGAUAGUUUGAUGGUUAUAGAGUUUUACCUGGCAGCAAGAUGUUUUUGAUUGAUAAGACGUCAGGCAGAAAUUAAUAAUGCAUUACUUAAUAAAUGCAGUUUGUGUAGUAGAAAAGAAUAUUUCAAAGCUUGGCGGCGAUGGGAAAAAUGCAUAGACUAAAAGGUAUGUAAUUAAAAAAUAAGUACUAGAGAUGUAACGUACGUGAUGAUUACAGCUAACACUGCUGUGUAAAACACAGGAAAGAUGUUAAGAGAGUAAAUACUGGAGUUUGCAUCACAAGGAGAAACAUUGUUUCCUUUUUUCUUUUUAUUGUAUCUAUAUGAGAAGACGGAUGUUAGUUGAAACCAUUGUGGUUGUCAUUUCACAAUAUGUGUAAACCAUGUUGUAUACCUGAAAUUUAUAGAGUGAUAAAUAACAAUUACUUCUCAAUAAAGCUGGAAAGAAAA